AUGACGACGGUGGUUGCGACGGUGUGCAAUGGAAGCUUGCUCGUUGCUAUGAACCGUUCUGACAUGGCCUUCACGCUGCCAGCACUAUCGGACGAUAACGAAGGCCAUAUCGAUAUUAUUCUGAGUGUCGGGGAUCCACCAGUCGUAGUGGCGGUAAAAACAGAAGCAGUAUCCGUAGCAACAGCAUCAGCGUUACCAUUGGCCGUUGGCGGCGUUAAGGAGCACUGUAAAUCGGAAGCGAACACAUCGCACCAAACCAGCUAUUCGCGCGGAAGCCGCACUUCCAUGAACAGUAAUACCACAUUCAAGAGCGGCACAACGACGACAGAAUCCAAUAGCAAUAGUAACGGCAGUAUUGUUAGUGGCGGUGGUACCGUUUCAACGUCCGCGAAUGUUUUGAUCCUGGAAGGCUCCGGUAGCAUCCAUCAUCAGCACAACCACCAUCAUUUGCUCGACAGUAGCGACGUAGUGACGGCGGCCGCUGGCCUGCAGCAACUUUCGAAUGCCGCCAAUGCGAUCAAGCUGCGUGAAUGCGGCGUUCAAUAUUCGAAUCUGAUUGGCUAUGGAACGACGGCAACUGCAACGUCCGUCGCGUCCCUUACUGGCAACGGGAGCAAUACUAGUUUUAGCAACAACAGCACCGGUGGCAAUAGCAAUAGUGUCAUAAGUAGUAGUGUUAGCAAUAGUGGACAAAUGAGCAACAGCAUCAACAUACUAGCUGCUGCCCAGCAGCAGCAGCAGACACCGGGUGCGGUGCAUGCGGACAUUCCGCUGGUGUCCACCGGUAGCAGUGUCGGCGGUGGGUCCCGCGUGCAGAUGUUGGGCAACGUAACGCUUGUUUCGAAAAGUGGCCACCAGCCGGGACACCAGCAAACGUUUCAAACAGUGUCCGCACAGCAGCAGCAGCAGAAGCAGCAAACAUUCAACUACAUCGAUGGGAGCGGGAAGAACUUUAACGUUCUCACCUCCACCGGUGCCAAGCUGAAUACCAGCAAACUGAUCGGCAUGCCGAUCUCGAAUGUGAAAACCAUCAACAACCAAACGCACCAUCACCAUCACCAUAUGUUGCCGGCCACUAUCAGCACUCCGGUCGUAUCUUCCGCGGGUACUGCGAUCGGUGGCGCAGGUUCGGCGACGAUGGUUCAUAAACUGACCGUCCCACGGAACAUUCAGCUCGUGACACGAAUGCCAAACAGUGGGGCAAAUAUAGCCGGUGCUACCAACUCACUGAGUAAUGGUGGUCGAAUAGUACAGCAACCGCAGCAGCAUGCACAGUUCACUACUGUCCAGGAUACGGGCGGUAAUGCAGGCUCGUUUGCCGUAGGUGGAAUGCUGGAGAUAAAAAAUGUGGUUUCGACGCAAGUCAAACCGAUUCCAAUAGCGAGCAAGAGUAAGGUGGGACAAAAUGCGUCACUAAAAAUGAUGCAGCAGACGGGAACUGGGGCAGCGUUGUUGAACACGGCCAAGCCUACCGGGGCAGUCACGAUCGGCAAAGGGCAGCAUCCGCUGCAAUCGGCAGGAAGUGGCGCAGGAACGGUCAAUGUUAAUUUGAAAGCGGUACGGAGUGGCAGUGUGGCGAAGAGUGGUAACAUAACGAUCACAACGAGCAACGCUUCAACGUUCUAUAUGAAGAGUGGCGGUGCGACAGUGGUUGCGACCAACGGCGGCUCCUUGCAGCCUCACGGCUCGGUGACGACAUCGUCCAUCUACACGACCUCGCCGACGCAAUCCGUCGGCUUUCACCAUCCGAAUGCCAUCCAACAACAGCAGCAACAAACGACGAUGAUGAUGACAUCGUCACCAUCUUUCGUACAGCAACAGCAGCAGCCGGUAAUGGGAGGAAAUCUGGUGAUGGCCACUUCCUCUUCACCAGUCACAAGUGUUAAACUUUCGGCCAGUGCCUUGCACGGUGUCGGUUUGGCGAAACUAACGACCACGGGAACCGGAAACACGCUGAAAACGACAAAAAAUCAACUGAUCCAAAUCCAUCAGCAGCAAUCCGGGAGUGGCUCGGUCGCGUCAUCGCCUUCCUCGCCAUCGCCACACUCUCGGACGCAUUCACCGGGCGGAAUGGCCGUUGGCGUGGGGGGCGUUCCGCUGAUGAUGGGCACAUCCGGUGCAAUGAAUUCCGCCAGCACACAGAUCGUGUUACAGCAGCAACAACACGCCGCCUCAGGCGUGCCCAUAAUACUUUCGUCCGGCGGAGGUGCAACAACUACGACGACAAUUGUCGGGAAAAUCUCUGGCGGCCGCUUCAAUACUCCCACUUCGUUAUCCACCUCGAUCGGCGGGGGAACAAGCUUUCAGCCCGUAGGUUCUUCGUCAUCUGUCGGUGGUACCACAACGUUGACAACCACCACACAAGGCCAUAAGGGGCUUAGCAAUCUCUACACGGCAGCGGCCACAGUCGGGGCAUUCGAUCAGCAGCCCGAAACUAUUGCCAAAAGUGGCACGCCUAAAGGUAGCACUGGCAACAGUAACAUUUUCACGAACGUGAUAUCAACCUAUGGCGGUGGCUCGGUGGUCACUUCAUCAACGAAAGCAGUCACCAAACUUCCCACAUCGUCCGGUUCCGGUAGAGGGCGAAACAACAGUGGCCAGUAUCUGCUAGCGGCGGCGCCGGCGGCACCACCUAUGGCUCCGUGCAACUAUGCGGCGCUAGAUCAGCAUCAGUUGAGUGGCUCUGCUGCGAAUGCUGCUGGUGCUGAUCACCAAUCACUCUCGAUGGUCAAUCAUACCGUUUCUCCGCCUUACCAACAGCAGCAGCACGCACGUUACGUGUACGCUUCUUCGCCAUCGAGAGUUUCACAGCAUCAUCAGCAAUCGAGCGAAACGAGUCCUGCUGGUGAUAGCACAGCUUCCUCCUACUUCAACGGACAACAGCAACUGCAAUCAGAUGAGACGUUAACUGCCCGGAUUUUGCAGAAUUUGUCGAAAAAAUCCAUGGACAGCAGUGCGGCGAAGGCAACCAUUUCCUACGGACGCCAGCAUUCGUUCGAAGCACCAUCGCCGGCAACACCAGCCAGUGGCAGCAGUAGUUUCCCAGCUGGUAGAAGCGGCGAUUCCCUGGAGGGGCGUAGAGUAAGCGGAUCUAUCGACGGAACGGUUAGUAUGUAUGCCGAUAGUAUUCCGUUGAAAAACGAUGGCUAUGCGCCGGCAUCCAGCUCGCACUAUUCCGGGCGCGAUGACGAUGAGGUGAACAGUGUCGAGGUGCGCCCGGCACCGGUUGACCCCUCAAGCGGACGUUUCAGCGUGCUGCAGGCGAUCUACCAAGAUCACACGUACUGUAUAACGUCCUCGCAUUCCUCGCGCGAUCAGCCAACUACUGCGAGCAUUCUGUCGACGAUAGUGGCUCCUGGGUCCUCAUCGCAGCAACUACAUUCCUCUGGUAACCUGCAACAGCAGCAGGCAAUGAACCCGCCUGCUACGCCGUCCGCCUCCGUGGUUUCGGCCAAUGCACUUGUGUCGCCGAUGGCGUCUUCGAUAGGCGCAGGAGUUCCACUGGCGCAACUAGCCAAGGCCGCCUCCGCAAGCAGUAGCAGUCCUGCGACCGGAGGAGCAUCAGGGGUCAUGUUUGAGUAUCUUUACCAAGCGAAGGGUGGCCUCUCUACGACACGCCCCGCAGCCGAUGACGAUGCGCAGUCGGUAAUUAGCAAUGGUUCCCGGACCGGACUUGAUAACGAUCUGGGAGAGGAAACAGACACCGCCCCCGAGUGUGAAGGGGAGGACGAUUCAGUAACGCGCUGCAUCUGCGAUCUGACGCACGACGAUGGCUACAUGAUAUGCUGUGAUAAAUGCUCCGCCUGGCAACAUGUGGAUUGCAUGGGAAUCGAUCGGUUAAACAUUCCGGACGAGUACAACUGUGAACUGUGCCAACCGCGCAAGGUGGAUAAAGUUCGCGCCCGCCAGUUGCAGCUGCACAAACGCAAAGAGCAAAGUGUCUUCUUGGCGAACAACAAUGUACCCUCGGCGGGGGCAGCGUCUUCAUCGGGUGUCUCCUCAACGAUCGCCAGUAGCCUGGGAGGGUGUGCCGAUGGCAGUGUAGUGUCCUCAAGCACGCAACUUACCCAUCUAAUGCCACCGACAGUGCCCCAGUCAGGAACAGCAACGGCUGGCAGCAAAGGGCAGCUUUCGUACCAGUUUUACAACGACGCCCAUGGGCACCCGGUGGCAGGUGGUCCCUAUCCGCCGCACUUGCAAGCCCACCACCAGCCUAUUGGUAGCACCACCACUAAGGGAACGAAAAAAUCGCGAACCACCAGUGGUGGCGGAUCGCGCAAGAAAUCGGACAGCAUUUCGUCUACGUCAUCGUUGGCGAUCAGUAGUAUUGUGGGAUCAUCUUCCGGGAUGUCGGCUUCUGCGGUGCUUUCUACACAGCUGGAACACACGAACAGCGUUGGGGGCAAUAGCGCAUUAUUGUCAACAUCGUUAGGAGCCAGCGCAGCGGAUAGUUCCGUUCACGGGAGCGGUGUUUCACCGAUGAUGCUAAUGACAAUGGGAGGUGUAAUCGGCCCAUCGGUGGUCACCAGUGGUCCGUUAUCCUCCAUUCCGAUGCACUGUGAUAGUACUGCUGCUCCGCUCGGUGGUGCUGGUGGCAUCGUAACGAAAAAGUUAAGCAAGAAAGCAGAGGCUGCACUCAAUCGUCACAACAAUAGCAAGCGCAAGGAGCUACGGAACAACGCAGCGCCAGGGGCCGCCGGUGCAGUGACGGCGAAGCCAUCGAAGAAGAAAUCGAAAAGCGCCGAGCAGAGCACGGAGAAGCUGACGAACAUGAUUCGCACCUGGAUCGACAGCUACGAAUGGGCCACGACGAACCACUACUCUCCCGAGUUGCGAGCCCGGCUGCAAGCAUUUGCCAAGCAGCAGUCGCAGCAAAAUCCACUCCUAACCGACGACCGGUUGUUGGUGGUUCCCGGGACGGGUCCCCUCCCCGCUCGUUGCACGACCGUUCCGCAUGCCGGGGGCAAAAUCCUGAUCGGCACGAGCGAUAUCGAGCCGCGAACUCCGAUCAUCGAGGUGCGCGGCAAAUACAUGCUGACGAGUCAACACAAGCAGCUUCAGUCCCUGUUCAAUAUGGCGGCAAACGGGAAACUGAGCCAGAACAAGAAUGCUGGCCCGUUCCUCUUCCUCUACCAGCUAUCAUCGGCGGGGCUCGGCAAUGUUGCCGGUGCUGGGCUGGAGCUCUGUGUCGACACGCGAACCUACGGGAACGAUGCACGCUUUGUGCGACGCUCGUGCCGCCCGAAUGCCGAACUGCAGCACAGCGUCGAGAAGGGUGUGGUGCAUCUGUACCUCGUGGCCACUACCAAUAUCAAGUCAAACACGGAGAUCACGAUCCGGCACGAUGAGCAGCUGAUUCGACGGAUGGGCGGUGUCGUUAUCCUCACGCACACGACUGUCACGAACGUGUGCGCCUGUGGGCUGAUCAAGGAUUGUGCAUAUUCGGCUCAACUAAAUGAGCCAGCGACAACGGGGACAAGUGGCACUGCAGCAACAACUGGCGGUGGCGCUGGGAGUUUUAACAAUGGGCCAGUUUCUCACUCAAUUGCCACUGCGCCGCAAGGGAAAGCGAUGGUAGGUCGGCCCAGUGGUGCGGGCUCGAAGCGCGGCAAUCAUUUGGAUGCAGCCACUACGCUAGCCGGAGGUCCCGGUCAGCCACCAGGCAAGAGGACGGGUUCGAAGAAGGCACGCAAUAAUAGUGCUAGUCGUUCGGCGAACGCUGGUGGAUCGAUGGCCCUGGACAUCGGAGAACGUCAUCGAUCGCUUUCCACUAGUGGCGGAGAAAGUGGCGUGGAAGGUCUCUAUGGCAGUCAGCCGAUGAUGAUCGGUGGUGCCGCUUCACCGAAUGUUUCGGGUUUUAUGGGAUCACCGCUGGGUCACCCGGUGCCACCGAUGAUGCCUCCAGCGCAGUUACAGCAACUACUCCAACAACACGAACAGCAGCAGCAACAACAUCCGCAGCUUACAACAACGCGACUGUCUGCGGCUUCUCCGAUCCUGGUGACAGGUAGCCCGUACCUCUACGGGGGAGGGUUGAUGGCUUCUCCCCAGCAUCUCCCUGCGGCAGGAAGUCCACUCGCACCACCAGCAGCAGCUGGCUCCUCACCGUACCAUAUUUACGACGUCAAAUCGUCCCCUCUACGAUCGCCACAACCGUUGCUGGCACCGAUGUCCCUGGCGGGCGUUGUGCCUGUUCCCGGGGCGACACCACCUGGAGUUCCCGUUGCAGUACCAUUACCAGCAGGAGUUCCGCAACCACUAACCUUACCGCAUCAUCAGCAGCACCUCUACUCGAAUCAUCCACCGCAGCAACUGUCCUCGCCCGUUUCCUCGCCGAUUAAACAACUGCAACCGGCGGGUCCGCCGGAUGCGGCUGCCGCUGCCUUGCUCGCAAUGGCGGCUUCUGGUGGCGGGGGUGCACGAGGGAAUCUUGUCGAAUCGAUGACCUCGUUCGAGCAUGGGACCCGCUUGGAACUGAUCCAGCAGCAGCAGCAGCUACACCAGCAACAGAUUCUUGAGGAUGUACUCAAGAUCCAGAUCAAACCUUCACCACCGGCAUCACCGAUCAAGGUGCAGCCUCGUGCAUCGCCCAUUUCUCUUCUACUGUCGCCCACACGACCACCAGUGCCACCAUCGACGACAUCAGGGCUGGGGACGGUUCCAAAGGGCGACGGUAGCGCUCUGCAGGCCAAAGUGGAACCACUGAACAAUGGCCCGUCGGCGGAAGGGCCGGCAACCGGAUCGGCGGUGAAACAGGAAAACGACCAACUACGGUCACAACAGUACGGCAGUGGAGAGGAGCAAGAAGUGGCCCCCAAGUUGGAAGGUACUAAAACAGAGGAGUACAAAGAGCAAAUGGUGGUAAAACUAGAGCCCUCCUCCAUAAUCACCGAGGCAUUCGAUGUAAAGCAGGACGCGCUCUCGCUUUUGCCGGUAACGCCUGUGGACAUCGUGAAAGAGGAACUACCUUCCCCGGUGCCAUUGGAAAGGAAACACACCGCGGACUGUUCACUCACGGAAGGUGGCCCACUUACGACGUCUUCACCCCUCAAACGGUUAACGUCACCGCAGCAUCACCUGUUCGGUGGCGGCGGAGCACACCACCACGGUGGCAGCAAUAAGAGCAGACGGAGAGGCAGUGCCGAAGGUUUCGGUUCCGGUAGAAGCGAAAAGAAGAAGCCGGAGAAGUCAGAGAAGCCGAGUCGCAAGUUGACGCGCGAGGAGCGCAAGAUGGAAGCGAUCGUGAAGGCGUUCGCCAAGAUGGAACAGUCGCAGCAGCGCAAACAGGAGCUGAAGGAGCAGCGACGCAGUGGCGGUAGUAUGGAUGGUGGUUGCGUUGGCACGGGUGGUAAACGGCGUAGUAUUUCCACCUCGAACACCGCCACCAACGCGAGCGGUGGCAGCAACCUCUCCGAUGAGGGCUCGAUGGAUGUAAGCAUCGGAGGCUCCUCGUAUGCACCAGGAAUGCUGUCCUACGAUAACAACGAAACCGGUACGGGGGCCUUCGAGACGGUGUCCUCGUCGUCGAGCGCCAAUGCAACGCUCCUUCACCAGCACUCAUCGUCUGGCAGUGGCAGCAGCAGCACCGCGAGUAGCAGACGAAAAGCCGUCCUCAGCAAGGCCACGGCAGCCCGGUCGAAGAAAAAGAAGAACAAAAAAGCAGUCAGCCAACACUUUGCUUCGUCAACGCAGCAACGGCGCAAGAAGCUGGCCGCGGCCCGUUCGAAAUCAAAGUCCAAAUCGAGCGCGGUACAAGGGGCGCUGUCCGGUAGUAAGCAAUCUUCCGGGCGCGUUGACAACGGCUUGGUGAUCUCGUCGGAGCAUCAUUCGGUGCAUCGCAUCGAAGAUGCUGGUGGCCACCGCCGACAGCAGCAGCAGCAGCAGUACGAUAAGGCCGCAGAGUUGUUGCUAACGUUUUCGCAAUCCGCCAGCAGCACCAAUGCCAGUGAUGCCAUCGGGGCUAGUUCCACCGGCACCAUCCCGGUGGUGGGUGGUGACGAAGCCGGAAACGAUAGCGCCGGCAGCAAUCUUCCGCUGCUUAGCUCCGCUUGCAUGCUAAUCGAAGCGGCCGUUGGCCCGUUCGAGCAUGCGGCCGCAGCAGUGCGUGCCAAUCAUCACCUGAAUCAUCUUCUUCCUUCGUCUUCUUCUUCAUCGCUGGUUGUGCCUCCCUGUGCUCCUUCGCCGCCGGUUGUGGCCCAUCUCCAGCAACAGCACCAAGAGCAAUCGCUACCGAGUCCGGGUCAAGAGCAUCCCCAACAGCAACAGCAGCAGCAAGAUUUCAAAUAUCCUACCAAGGCCAAAACAAAGAAGAGCAUGAGCCGCGAGUGGCUCAGCUCGGCGGCCGCAUCAUCAUCAGCGGCAGUGGUACCAUCGAUCAUGGCCCAGGUCGCUGUCGAUCAGGAUUCGGGCUAUAUCUCGACUGUGGACGAGAAGUUGGCGCCCCUGUCGCUCAUCGAAGGAGGGGUGCAGAUGGACACUGGUAACACCGCCAGUGCCGCCAGUGGUGUGGUCGAGGUAGCCAACGGUGGUGUUGGAAAUAUAAUGAUCGCGGCGAAGAAAGUUGAAGAGUUUAUCAUGCAAACCUCUUCUCCGCGUUCGAUGGAAAGGUUGCAGCAGGAGGGCAACAAAUGGCCAUCGCCAUCGUCGAUGAUCGGCGGAGGCGUGUCUGGUGAAGGUGGACUUGCUGGAGGUGCAAGUGAUAAAAUUAUAACCGGAACCGGAAGCUUCAUGAGCUCCAGUACGACCGGAGCAACGGAGAGUGCGGCCGUCAAGAAGCGCUGGUUGCGGCAGGCAAUCUCCGAGGAAACGGACGAGCACCCAACCGGCGGUGGACUACACUCGUCCUCGUCUUCGUCGUCUUCCCCGCCACCACUCAAUGGCUUCGCGACGCCACUGAAAAAGCGUCGCGUUGUGCGAGAGAAUCCUUCUACUGUGACGGGAAUUCUGGAACAGCAGCAGCAACAGGUCUUUACCGGCUCCUCAAACUAUCCGCAAGAUAGUAGUGGAGGCCACUUGGUGGGAUCAUCCUCUGCCAGCACCAGUGACAAUACCGCCACCGGUGGGACGAACGAAAAUCGAUUUUGGGAUCAGCGAACCGAGAAGCAGGCGAUCGAUCUUUCGCGCUCGGCGAUGCCAGCUGGACCGAUAAAGAUGCUUACACCGUUGCACUUUGCUGACCUUGGGCCGAUGCCACCGAUGAUUGCGGCCACGACGCCCACCACCACGAGCAGCACUGUCAACAGCAGCGACAGCACAUUACCCUCCGAUUCACACCAUCAUGACCACCCGUUACAGCAGCAUCAUCAACAUUCACAGCCCCAUACCCUGGUGCAGCAGCAAAUCCGCCAUCAACAGCCUCCGCAUCACGCGGUGAUCCCGUUGGAAGUGGCGGACCAGAUUCAGUACGAAACGGUGGCCGCAGCAACGGCAGUGUCCGUUACGACUUCCUCUGCCGCGGCGCCCACUGUACCGCACCAACCGGCGGCGGUGAUUGACGUCCCAAUGGACAACACCACGGAGCAACCAUCGUCACCCUCACCGACGGUGGCGAUUGAGGCCGAUGAAAGGGAGCACUUCUCUGCGACGGAUACCACUGGCGUGCAUUACACGACGGCGGAUUCGCCUCAUGCUUGCGACGAUAAGCCUCCGACGAACGAGGAAGCGCCUUCGAAUAGUGCGUUACCAUCGGUAACACCACCGGCGACGCCACGCAGUAAGGGUAGCCAGAAGUACAUUGCUACGGAGGAAGUAAUACAGCAGGAACUGGACAGUACAUCGGAAGAGGGAAACAUUGCCAGUGACGAGCCAGUCGCAGUUGAGUUGCCGGAGGACCGAGUGGCCGAGAUUAACAUCGGAGACGACUCACCACAGGAGGAAAUAGGACCCGAAGAGCUGGAGGCGAUCACCCAGCAGGUGGUCGAAGCGUUGGUACACGUAGAAGAAAAAAAGCAACAGGCAGUGGAGCAGAAGAAAACGGCAGCCGAGAAAGUUCUGGAUCAUCGAGAAGACGAACUGGAAUCGGUUUCUCCGGAACCCUUAUCGCCAAUGGAAACGGACGACAUUUUGAGUGGUGACGAGAAGGACGUUGCCUAUCGAGAGGACCCGCGGCGCCGGCGCACGCCGCUGCUGGAUGAUGAGCAGAACGAGAUCAAAUACUGCGAAGCGGAGGAGGACGACGUGGUGGUAGCACAUUCCUCGUCGACGGACAAGCUCAAUACCUCGGUCUGUGGCUCGUUGUCUUCCACAUUCGACGAGCUUGUCGAAACGAUCGUUGAAGAACAGCUGGCGGCAAUGGACGAGGGGAGGCUCGUCGAGCAAACGAAACUCGCCGACAGUAGCGAAGAGGACCUUAACGACGGCAAAAAAGAGGACAACGCUCCAAAUCGGGUACGAUUGCCAGAGACCCAAGGGAAGCACAGGUCGCGGGUACAAUCCAUCGAGCAGGAGAUGCGCGAGAUGAUGUCUGAGACGAGUUCUUCGCCCAUCACUACCAUCAAUAGCAGCAGCACGACAGUAGUAGUGGCCAGCAGUGCUGCCGGUGGCGCUAGUGAGCAACGAUCGCUCGAUCACCACGAUGGAACGACCGCGCACUGGCAACAGCAGGCCAAACCGAUUGGAGUGGUUAAUGGCAAAAAGGAAGACGAGCUUCCGGAAAUGGUCGAAAAGCUUGGCGGAAAGAUGGUCACAUCCUCACCGAUACGACUGACCCCGCAGCCGAUUCCGGUGAUCACGGCGCACACUGAACAGAACGAGUUGGAAGAUCUGCAGAAGGUGAUCGCUUCGUUCCACACCGAGAACAUCAUGAACUUGAUCUCGCGCAACCGCAGCAAAUCGAAAAAGAGCGCCAGCUUGACGCCACCAAAUGUGGACCGUAGCGGCAGUGGUCAGCCACCUGCCAAAAAGCAGGUAAAACUCAAUUUUGAUCUCUCGCUGAAGGAUGACGCUGUGAACGUAACGCUGCAGACAACGCAGCCGCUGCCACAGCAGAGCGACCGUGAUCGGGAAGCCGAAGUAUCCGGCGUGGCAACAACAACGCCCUCGCUACUAGAGUCGACAAGUAACUCGGUGGCCUGCAAUCAGAUACCAACGGUCUUACAGGCGACGCUUCCGCCGUCAUCGGUCUCGGUUCUGGCGGCAACAAGUACCCUGACGCCAGCCGUCGGCACAUCGUCGCUGCUGGGAUCACUCAAGUUUCUCGGCACAACCCCGGGCGUCGUUCCGUCGGUCACCACGUUCGGCGCGGAACCGAUCCGUUCGUUUUCGUCGCUCCGUUCCGAUCCGAUACCGACGGUGGGCACCCAUCUGAGUACCCUUGGUGGCUAUCAUCUGCAUCAUCAGCCGCAGCCACCGCUCCACCAGCAACCGCCCCUUCUCCGGAGUGUUUCGUCCUCGUUCCUAGACUACCCAACGCCUGGCGUAAACUCGGUCGGCAGUGUGGGUGGUUCGGUAACCCCCACCGGUACCUCCAUUACCGGUGGAAUCUAUCAGUACCGAUCGGAGGUGUCCAACCUGCUCGAGCGUACAAUGUUGGCCCACCGCUCCGCCGAUCCUGCGCUUCGACCGACCAGUUUCUCGACGCUUGGUUCUCUCACAUCGCCCCUGAGCAAGUCCACCCUUCUCUCAAGUGUGGCCGGCAGCGAUGCAACCACAACGCCACCGCUGGGAAGUGUGGGAGCAUUAGCGAUCGGUUCUUCGGUUGCAGGAGCAGCCUGCCCCACCAGUGCCGUCGUCGGUGGCACGGCGGUGGGACACUAUCCGAAGAUAUUCACCAAAACCGCAAGCUCCGAUCCCCGGCUCAACCCGGCGUUACUGACGGCUGCCGCCAAUGGUGCUGGAGGUGCUGGCGAAGCGAACGGUGCUGGUGCUGGAGGUUCUCCCGUGUCAGCCACACCGAAACGGAAGCUCUCCAUCACGGAGUACCGGAAACGAAAGCUGCAAACGUCCAGCGAUACUCCAACGUCGUCUACGGUGUGUCCGGCCAGCAGCACCAGUAGUAGUAGUGGCGGUAUUACAACCACCAAUACUACGAUCUCAACUGCAUCUUCACGGUCCACGCUGUCGGCCAAUCGAAAGCGUAAGGAGGAUGCAGGCGCAACUGUAGGCAGCAGUCUAACGUCCACGGUUAGCAGCUCGAUCACUCGCGAGCUUAGCAUGGAGCUGGACUUGGAGCUUCAGGACGGCGAUAAAUCGGGCGACAACUCGAAUGGCUCGUCGAGUACGAGCACCAGCACCAACAAUGCCACCAGUUCCGGGGGUGGACUAGCGAGCGGCGUCGGAAUGAGCAACGGAACGUCGUCAGUGAUGGCGGGAAAGGAGAGCAGCAGCAGUAGCAGUGGGGCCGCUUCGCCGGAUCCACAGCACCCGAACAAUCUGCACCAUCGCCAUCACCACAACCACCAUCUGCAUCAUCACUACGAGCCCACGGAGGAAAUAACAACUACUUUCAGUGCCACUCCGACCUUGGCCGAAUUGCGCAGCGAAGGAGGAAUGUCGGCGGAGCGAUUGAAAUCGUUGAAAUACUUUCCCUAG